UUGUGCUCCUGAAAGAGGAGUAACCAGUGGACCAGGAGGAUGUCGGAGCAGCAGAGCGCCCCUGAGCAACUGGCUGCAGGGAAGAGCCAGGGUGGAGCAGGAGCCACUUACAAGGUGGUGCUGUUUGAAUGUGAGAAUUUCCAGGGUCGCAAGGCUGAGUUUUCUGCCGAGUGUAAAGAUGUUUCAGAGAAGGGCUUGGAGAAGGUGGGCUCUGUGCUGGUUGAGUCUGGCCCAUGGGUGGGGUAUGACCGCCAGGGGUUUGCAGGUGAGCAGUUUGUCCUGGAGAAAGGAGAGUAUCCACGCUGGGACACCUGGACCAACAGCCAGUACAGCUAUUCCUUCUGGUCCAUGCGGCCUCUCAAAGUGGAUAGUGCCGAACACAAGCUCCAUCUGUUUGAGAGCCCAGGCUUCACUGGUAGAAAGAUGGAGAUUGUUGAUGAUGACGUUCCCAGUUUGUGGGGACAUGGUUUCCAAGAUCGCGUAGCAAGUGUCAAGGCUCUCAACGGAACAUGGGUUGGCUACAUGUACCCAGGCUACAGGGGACGGCAGUAUGUGUUUGAGCGUGGAGACUUCAAGCACUGGAACGACUGGGAUUCCCCUGCACCUCAGAUCCAGUCUGUCCGACGUGUGCGUGACAUGCAGUGGCACAAGAGGGGGUGUUUCACCAUCCCUGCUCCUACCCCUGACCCAGCUCCUGCCCCUGCCCCUGCCCCAGCACCUGAACCCCCUGCCCCCCCUGCCGCCGCUGGGGCCAGCUGAAGAGGACUCUGAUCCACCUCCCCCCACUGAGCCUCUUCCAUGAGCCUCUUCCUACCAUCAGUGCCUGCCCUCUGCCUCAUCCUAACCAUGGCAAAUGCU